CCGAAAGUGAGGUAACCUUACCGGCCCCGAAACGCUCGCCCCCACAUGCCACCACGGCCCGCACUGCACGCGCCUCCCCCCUCCUCCCCCUCCUAACCCUAGAAUCUUCCAGAAUCAGCGGGAAGCAGGGAGGGCGAGGCGCGCGCCGCGCUUCCGGAAGCUUCUAGAAGCUCGAGUGGGGGAAGGAGCCGAGAUGGGGACCUCGGAUCUGGACCGGCAGAUCGAGCAGCUCAAGCGGUGCGAGCCGCUGGCGGAGGCGGAGGUCAAGGCGCUCUGUCUCAAGGCCAUGGAGAUCCUCGUCGAGGAGAGCAACGUCCAGCGCGUCGACGCCCCCGUCACGAUAUGUGGAGACAUUCAUGGACAGUUCUAUGACAUGAAAGAACUUUUCAAAGUUGGAGGUGACUGCCCAAAGACAAACUACUUGUUCCUUGGGGACUUUGUUGACCGAGGAUUUUAUUCCGUUGAAACAUUUUUGCUUCUUUUGGCCUUAAAGGUUAGGUACCCAGAUCGUAUAACUUUAAUACGAGGAAAUCACGAGAGCAGGCAGAUCACACAAGUUUAUGGCUUCUAUGAUGAGUGUCUUCGUAAAUACGGCUCGGUGAAUGUCUGGAGAUAUUGCACAGAAAUAUUUGACUAUUUAAGUUUGUCUGCACUUAUUGAGAACAAAAUCUUCAGCGUCCAUGGAGGCCUUUCCCCUGCUAUUACGACAUUGGAUCAGAUCAGAGUAAUAGAUCGCAAGCAAGAAGUGCCUCAUGAUGGUGCCAUGUGUGACCUUCUUUGGUCUGAUCCAGAGGAUGCUGUAGACGGCUGGGGAUUAAGUCCUCGAGGUGCAGGGUUCCUCUUUGGUGGAAAUGUUGUUUCUUCAUUUAACCACUCAAACAACAUAGAUUAUAUUUGCCGUGCUCAUCAACUAGUCAUGGAAGGAUUCAAGUGGAUGUUCAAUAACAAGAUUGUUACUGUAUGGUCUGCUCCUAACUAUUGCUACAGGUGUGGCAAUGUUGCUGCAAUCCUAGAGCUUGAUGAGAACCUGAAUAAGCAGUUCCGUGUAUUUGAAGCUGCUCCACAUGUUUGUGCUCAUGACUUAUACCAUUACCUUUGUAAUGUGUUGCUCCUGGCAUCUAAUUUGUCUGCCGACCUCUGUAGGAAUCAAGAGGUGUUCCUGCGAAGAGGCCUGCCCCAGAUUACUUUCUUUGAGACUGCACACAUGGCAUGUGACACGCUGUCUUUUCAUGCCCUUGAGCACCGGCGGGCGGAUAGGGGCCAUUGAAGGCGUGCCAUGUUGGCAGAUGAGCACGUGCUUUGCAAGGGAUUAGCCAGGAGGCGCUUUCGGGAUGUAUAAAUCGAUUGUUCUGUGUCCGUCGAGGUCUAUUGUUUGUAACAAAGUUGAUGUCGGUAUCCACUUCUCCCCCCAAAUAGCUCCAAUUUGAGCUUUUUUAGAAAAUGCCUCCGCGAAGGGAGUGGUGUAGAUGAAGCCACUCUGGGCCCAUGAUGUAAAAUUUUGAUGCCAGUCCCUUCCUCACCUGGGAAUCCGUACAUUUUCUAGAAUGUAGAAUGGUAUGCAAAUGUGUGCCUUGAGUUUA